GCUACUACAAUUUCUUCGCCAAGCCAGAGCCAGGGCUCACAAACAUCUAGGGAAGGUCUUCCCGACCGUGUCAGUGCCUCACUUAGAGUGCGACGACCCAUUCCUCAGGGCAAUUUGUCCCUUUUAAAACGCUGGGGGCAGAAAAGGGGAGCGGCGAGGAUAAGGGCGGGGCACCUACUGACGUUCGCAGUGAGGAGACCGGCUUCCGGCGGCGCGCGGUCCCCUUCCGCUUUCCCGCGCGCGCGGGCUCCGCCCUACUCCCACGCGCCCACCGGCGCCGCCGCGCGCGGAGAAAAGACCCAGGUUCUGUUGGAAGACCCCCUGCAGGCUCCCCUUCCGCCUUUCCUAACUACUUCCGCUUUGGGCCGUCAACAUGGACGUUGCGGCUGCCUGGCGGGGCGGCUUCUGAGCAGUUGCGGAGGUGCAGGUUCUCCGCAGCUGCUGCCCCUCUUCCCCUCCCUCCCGCCCCUCGCUGCCCCUUGCCCCUCGCUCCAGUCCCUGGGGCCGGCGGGCUUGUCGCUACAUGGAGACGGACUUCCGCGGUAGGCGCACGGCUUCCUGUUCAAAGGCUGUCCGGCGGUAGGCGGUGGGGACUCUGCCUGCGCCCGGUUUGGCGCGGUGACCGAGCGCCCGGGAAGCUCGAGGGUCGCAUCUUGUGCGGUUGCGCCAAGGCCGGCCCUUCACUGCCAUGGCCCCAGUGCAGCUGGAGAACCACCAGCUGGUCCAGCCCGGAGGCGGUGGCGCGGGUAGCGGUGGCCCCGUGUCAGCCCCGGCUCCUCCUCCUCCGGGAGCCGCCGUGGCGGCGGCAGCUGCGGCUGCAGCUAGCCCUGGCUACCGGCUGAGCACCCUCAUUGAAUUUCUGCUGCACCGGGCCUACUCGGAGCUCAUGGUGUUGACUGACCUACUUCCAAGGAAAUCUGAUGUGGAAAGGAAAAUAGAAAUAGUGCAGUUUGCUAGCCGGACACGCCAACUCUUCGUUCGAUUGUUAGCUUUAGUAAAAUGGGCUAAUGAUGCUGGCAAAGUGGAAAAGUGUGCGAUGAUCUCAAGCUUUUUAGAUCAGCAAGCCAUCCUGUUUGUGGACACUGCUGAUCGCCUGGCCUCAUUAGCUAGAGAUGCUCUGGUCCAUGCGCGCCUGCCUAGUUUUGCCAUCCCAUAUGCUAUUGAUGUACUGACAACUGGGUCUUACCCACGGCUGCCAACCUGUAUAAGGGAUAAAAUUAUUCCUCCAGACCCAAUUACGAAAAUUGAAAAACAAGCUACACUUCAUCAGCUGAAUCAGAUUCUUAGACAUCGGCUUGUAACCACAGAUCUUCCUCCUCAGUUAGCAAAUCUUACAGUUGCAAAUGGCCGGGUGAAGUUUCGAGUUGAAGGAGAAUUUGAAGCCACCUUGACUGUAAUGGGAGAUGACCCUGAUGUUCCAUGGCGCCUUCUCAAGCUAGAAAUUCUAGUUGAGGAUAAGGAAACAGGAGAUGGGCGAGCUUUGGUUCAUAGUAUGCAAAUCAACUUCAUCCAUCAGCUGGUGCAGUCUAGGCUUUUUGCUGAUGAGAAACCACUUCAGGACAUGUACAACUGCCUACAUUCUUUCUGCUUAUCACUUCAGUUAGAAGUAUUACAUUCCCAAACUCUAAUGUUAAUCCGGGAGCGGUGGGGAGACCUUGUGCAGGUGGAAAGGUAUCAUGCUGGAAAGUGCCUCUCCCUCUCAGUUUGGAAUCAACAGGUUCUUGGGAGAAAAACAGGGACAGCAUCUGUUCAUAAAGUUACCAUUAAAAUUGAUGAGAAUGAUGUCUCUAAGCCUUUACAGAUUUUUCAUGAUCCUCCUUUGCCAGCUUCUGAUUCCAAAUUAGUAGAAAGAGCCAUGAAGAUUGACCACUUAUCAAUAGAAAAACUCCUGAUUGAUAGUGUCCAUGCAAGAGCUCAUCAGAAGCUCCAGGAACUGAAGGCCAUUCUUAGAGGCUUCAAUGCCAAUGAAAACUCUUCCAUAGAGACUGCACUUCCAGCCCUUGUUGUUCCCAUCUUGGAGCCCUGUGGUAAUUCAGAGUGUCUGCACAUUUUUGUAGAUUUGCAUUCUGGAAUGUUCCAAUUAAUGCUUUACGGACUUGACCAAGCCACUAUGGAUGACAUGGAGAAGUCUGUGAAUGAUGAUAUGAAACGGAUCAUUCCCUGGAUUCAGCAACUUAAGUUUUGGCUUGGACAGCAGCGUUGCAAACAAUCUAUAAAACAUCUACCUACAAUAAGCAGUGAAACAUUGCAGCUUUCUAAUUACUCAACACAUCCUAUUGGAAACCUUUCAAAGAAUAAGCUGUUUAUUAGACUUACCCGCCUUCCUCAAUAUUACAUUGUUGUGGAGAUGUUGGAGGUUCCUAAUAAACCCACACAGCUGUCAUACAAGUACUACUUCCUGUCUGUGAACGCAACAGAUCGAGAAGACAGCCCUGUCAUGGCACUGCUGCUGCAGCAGUUCAAGGAAGAUGUCCAAGACUUGAUUUUUCAUACAAAAUCUGGGAAACAGACCAGAACUGGUACGAAGCACAAGUUGUCUGAUGAUCCAUGUCCAGUAGAAUCCAAGAAAACCAAACGCUCGGGAGAAAUGUGUGCCUUCAAUAAAGUUCUAGCUCACUUUGUCGCUAUGUGUGACACAAAUAUGCCAUUUGUAGGACUUCGGCUGGAGUUGUCCAAUCUGGAGAUUCCACAUCAAGGAGUGCAAGUAGAAGGUGAUGGCUUCAGCCACGCAAUUCGCUUAUUAAAAAUUCCUCCCUGUAAAGGUGUAAGUGAAGAAACACAAAAGGCUCUGGACCGUUCUCUUCUUGAUUGCACUUUCCGAUUACAAGGUAGAAAUAACCGCACAUGGGUGGCAGAGUUAGUGUUUGCAAACUGUCCACUUAAUGGCACUUCUACUAGGGAGCAAGGACUGUCCCGGCAUAUUUACCUGACAUAUGAAAAUCUGUUAUCCGAACCUGUUGGUGGUAGAAAAGUAGUUGAAAUGUUUCUUAAUGACUGGAGUAGUAUUGCACGAUUAUAUGAGUGUGUGUUGGAAUUUGCACGUUCUCUACCAGACAUACCUGCUCAUCUAAAUAUUUUCUCAGAAGUUCGUGUUUAUAAUUACCGAAAACUUAUUUUGUGUUAUGGAACCACCAAGGGAAGUUCAAUUAGUAUCCAAUGGAAUUCCAUCCAUCAGAAAUUUCACAUUUCCUUGGGAACUGUUGGCCCAAAUUCAGGUUGCAGUAAUUGUCACAAUACCAUUCUUCAUCAACUUCAAGAAAUGUUCAACAAAACACCAAACGUGGUUCAGUUAUUACAGGUACUAUUUGAUACUCAGGCUCCAUUAAAUGCCAUCAACAAACUCCCCACUGUGCCGAUGCUGGGCUUGACCCAGAGAACCAACACUGCCUACCAAUGCUUCUCCAUUCUGCCACAGUCGUCCACCCACAUCAGACUGGCCUUUAGGAACAUGUAUUGCAUUGAUAUAUACUGCCGGAGUCGUGGCGUUGUGGCAAUACGGGAUGGUGCCUAUAGUCUUUUCGAUAACAGCAAAUUAGUUGAAGGUUUUUAUCCUGCACCAGGACUAAAGACAUUCCUGAAUAUGUUUGUUGACAGCAAUCAGGAUGCUCGAAGAAGGUCUGUAAAUGAGGAUGAUAAUCCCCCUUCUCCUAUAGGAGGAGAUAUGAUGGAUUCUUUAAUAUCACAACUCCAGCCACCAACCCAGCAACAGCCAUUUUCAAAGCAGCCAGGAACAUCAGGCGCUUAUCCUCUUACUUCACCCCCUACAUCUUACCACAGCACAGUUAAUCAGUCUCCCUCUAUGAUGCAUACACAGUCUCCAGGAAAUCUGCAUGCUGCCAACUCCCCCAGUGGGGCUUUGAGAGCCCCAUCACCAGCGUCAUUUGUUCCAACUCCUCCCCCAUCCUCGCAUGGAAUCUCAAUAGGACCAGGGGCCAGUUUUGCUAGUCCACAUGGAACUCUUGACCCUAGUUCCCCAUAUACUAUGGUGUCACCAAGUGGACGAGCAGGGAACUGGCCAGGGUCACCUCAAGUAUCUGGCCCCUCACCAGCAACACGCAUGCCUGGAAUGUCACCAGCCAAUCCAUCACUACAUUCUCCUGUUCCAGAUGCUUCUCAUUCCCCUCGAGCUGGAACAAGUUCCCAAACAAUGCCAACAAACAUGCCUCCACCUCGUAAACUACCUCAGCGCUCUUGGGCGGCAUCCAUACCUACCAUACUCACUCACAGUGCCUUGAACAUUUUACUGCUGCCCUCUCCAACGCCAGGCCUUGUGCCCGGCUUGGCAGGCAGUUACCUUUGUUCUCCACUUGAGAGAUUUCUUGGAUCAGUCAUCAUGAGAAGACACCUUCAAAGAAUUAUUCAACAAGAAACGCUGCAGCUGAUAAAUUCCAAUGAACCUGGAGUAAUAAUGUUUAAAACUGAUGCACUGAAAUGCAGAGUAGCCCUGAGUCCCAAAACCAACCAGACACUUCAGCUAAAAGUGACACCUGAAAACGCAGGACAGUGGAAACCUGACGAACUUCAAGUUUUAGAGAAAUUCUUUGAAACAAGAGUUGCAGGACCACCAUUUAAAGCUAAUACAUUAAUAGCCUUCACCAAGCUAUUAGGAGCUCCUACGCACAUCCUCAGGGACUGUGUGCACAUUAUGAAGCUGGAGCUGUUCCCUGACCAGGCAACACAGCUAAAAUGGAAUGUUCAGUUCUGCCUGACGAUCCCUCCCAGCGCACCGCCGAUUGCACCUCCUGGCACACCUGCUGUAGUGCUGAAGUCCAAAAUGCUAUUUUUUCUUCAGCUAACUCAGAAAACAUCGGUCCCUUCCCAAGAACCUGUUAGUAUUAUAGUUCCAAUCAUUUAUGACAUGGCUUCAGGUACAACCCAGCAGGCAGACAUUCCCAGACAGCAGAACUCUUCUGUUGCUGCUCCCAUGAUGGUCAGCAACAUUCUGAAGAGGUUUGCAGAGAUGAAUCCACCACGACAAGGUGAAUGCACAAUAUUUGCAGCUGUUCGUGAUUUAAUGGCUAAUCUUACACUGCCCCCUGGUGGGCAUCCAUAGACACUAUUGUUUUUAAACCAGGAAGGCUGACAGAUGAGACAAAACAACAAAAAAAAAAAAUCUGAACUCAGCCUUCAGUUUAAAAAAGAAAAAGGACUUUUUUUGACUUUAAGAGCUAAAUAUUCUAAACUGGCAAAAAUUUUCAGGGUGCACUUCUUUCAUCAAAAAGACCAUCAAUCUUUUGUAUAGUGAACUUGUAUAGUGUGUUUAAGUGGGGCACAUUUCAAACUAGGUAAUACAUCGGUGUCCGCUUGCCAGUGAUAGAUUUAAUAUUGUUUUAUACUAUAAAGUUAUGAAAUGCCAAUCUCAUUUAUUUAAUUGUUUUCUUAUGUUUUGGGUGUAAUAGUCCUUUUUUGGUUUUUGUUUUGUUUUUUAAGGCAGGUCUGUCAUUUUUGAAUACUGUAAAACUGUGAUAAACUUUAUACUGAAGCUGUAUUUUAAUAUGACCACUUUGAAUCCUUACAUGAAAAUGUUCUGGGAGUUGUUAUAAACACAUCCCAAAGAAGCAAUAUUUAAUAAAACUAGGUUAAACACACACACAAAAAACAAAAACAAACACCACCCCCCCCCCAAAAAAAAAAACAAAAAAACAAAAAAACAGUGACACUCACUUGUGUGUAUAUAAAGCUCUAUAGACUUCUUAGGGCUUCCCUUCAUCUUUAACCUGGUCGGACCAGUAAUUAAUUUGUAGUAAUACAUAUCUGAAAUUUGAUCAAAAGCAUCUGCUUCUUUGUUUUAAGUUAAUUUAUUUUCUUGAAACAUUCCUAACUUGACUAGUGGUUAAUGUUUAGCACUUCAAUUGUCUUUCAGUAUAGGAAUUGGGUUAAAAAAGAAAGAACCUAGUCUUUAAGAAGAGACAGUAAGUGUUUCAUGUUGAUCAAGGAUCCCAAAUAAUGCUAUUAUUCUCAUCUGUUGGGGAUGUGGAAACUUUUCUUUUAGGUAAAUUCAGUUUACAGGAUAAUUCUGCAUACAACAUUAAUUACAAAACAACUUUAAUGUUCUACCCUUGCAUGAAGUUUCUGUGACAUUUCUUUAUCUUGCUCAACUUCUCUUUGCUCUCCCCACCAAAAUUGGGGUUGUUCUAAACAAUCUCAAUUUAAUUCAUUGUCAACAAAAUGAUAGAAUAUUUUGCUUGGAGGAAACCUGGUCCCGUCUCCUCAUUUUGAAGAAUCCAAGAUCCAGGGCCUGUUUAGGGUCAAAAGGAAUUUGGGUACUGACACAUCUCAGCAGAGUUUCUUUUUGAAGCAUCAUGCUCUCUCUCCCAAUUAGGGACUUUUUAAGCUUCAAAGAAUAGGAUCUGAUGCAGACGUCUUCUAGUGACUUGUGAUUGGGAAACAUUUUUAAAAUUAUAACACCAUGAUGAGUUAUCUGGUCACUGUAAUACUUGUUCUCUAUUAAAUUGUAGAUGCUUUGUCUAAUUCCACUUUAAGAUGAUUUAAUUGAGCUUCUAUAACUGUCAACUACCAAAUUCUAGUUUCAAGGAUCUCACUGCAACUAUAUCAUAUCUGUUGUCAACUUUGCUUGAUUCUCAUUUCCAAUGAGAGUUGCGGCUUUCUUUGCCUUUCUUCUUUGUCUUAUGUCUCCCUUCAUCUCCUGCUUCUCACCCAGUUCUGCCACUAUUCAGAAGCAGGUGACUAAACUUUUAUCCUUCCUUUAACUUUUUUAUCCUUCUGUUUUCAGUUCACCUUACAAUGGUAAUCACAUCAGUUUGACAAUCUAAAAUGUCUUUAUCAUGUGUCAGCCCUUUUCUGUUUGGAGCUGAAUCCUUUUCUUUCAUGUAGAAAUCUACAUGCAUAUACAAGAAAUGUAUUUUUAUCUGCAGGAUGAUAUUGUUUCAUAUUUAUUUAAUGGAAUUAACUUUAAAGAUAUUUUCUCUUUUACAUGUGGUUUUGAAAUGUUAAUUGCAUUUUUAUGCAUAGUGCAUUCAGUGAACACUCUUUUCCUAAUCAUAACUCAUCUCUGAAUGCAUCGUGCAAAUCAAAAGAUAGGACUCCGUCAACAGAAUUUGCUUUUGGUGCUUAUUAAGAGUAAACCCAUGAAUUUGAACUUUGAACUAUUAUGCUUGGUACUUGGAAUUGGUAUAUAUUUUAUUAAAGCUUGAAAACAUUUAGCAUUUGAAUCAAGUUUCAUCACAAACCAUGUCUUUUGCCUCUUUUGUUACCCAGGUUCAAUCAAAGAACUGGAUGCCUGUAGUGAUUUUUUUCCUAAUAGAUGAUUUGGGACUUUGAGGUGAUUUCAAUGUGAUUUUAGUACUUACAGUAAUAAAUAAAAUCUAUAUAAGUUUCAGAGAA